CCGGCAGUCAGUCGUUCAGAGGCUGCGUACGCGCAUGCCAUCGCGAAACGUUACCAUCGACUUACAAACUUACCACCAUCCCCCGAACACUUCACAAAACGACUUCAGAACUUCUAGAAGUCCAAAUAGUGAUGUACUCAAGUGUUAAACGUAGCUAGUGAUGUGAAACACUCAAACCAGUGCAUAUGUAAAGUGGUUUACGAUUGAUAUUUUUUGUUUGUCCGCCUGUGUAUGUAAUAACCGUGCUCUGAACCAAGAAAUGGGUUUAUAAUUGGUCUAAAUCAAUGGCCACGAUGAUCCGGUUAAGAAGACCAUAGCCUCCUCAAAAUGUCGCAGAGAGAUUUCUCAGAGGUGGAGCCGACAGGUUCGGCGUCCCUGGGGGCGGCAUCCCGGGCCCUCUUCGUGGAGAAAGUGCGCGCCUCCAACGCGGCCUGCCAGGCUGGGGACUUCGCCACUGCUGUAGCUCUCUACACCGAUGCUCUGACCCUGGAUCCUGCCAACCAUAUACUGUAUAGUAAUAGGUCGGCAGCGAGGUUAAAACAGGGCCAGUUUGCAGCAGCCCUGCAAGAUGCGACGCGAGCGAGAGAACUCUGUCCAAACUGGCCGAAAGCUUACUAUCGACAAGGGGUGGCCCUUCAAUGUUUGGGUCGGCAUGGAGAGGCACUGGCAGCUUUCAGCUCAGGGUUGGGAGUGGAGCCAUCUUCGAGGCAGCUGCUGGCAGCCCUCGUGGAAGCUUCUCUCAAGUCACCGCUCCGGACAACCCUGGAACCUACUUUUAGACAGCUCGAAGCCAUGAAACUGGACCAAUCACCUUUUGUACUGAUAUCGGUGGUUGGUCAAGAGCUCCUGGCUGCGGGACAGUACCAGGCUGCGGUCACGGUGCUGGAGGCAGCUUUGAGAAUCGGAUCCUGCUCUUUAAAAUUGCGGGGUUCAGUGUUCAGCGCAUUAUCAUCAGCGCACUGGGCUCUCAGCCAGCUGGAUGCAGCUAUCAACUACAUGCAGCAGGACUUAGCAGUGGCCAAGUCAUUAGGCGACACGGCGGGAGAAUGCCGGGCGCACGGCAACUUGGGCGCAGCUUACUUCAGCCAAGGGUCUUAUAAGGAUGCCCUGACGGCGCAUCGGUAUCAACUGGUGCUGGCUAUGAAGUGUAAAGACACCCAAGCAGCAGCAGCCGCACUUACCUCCUUAGGGCACGUCUACACAGCCAUUGGAGAUUACCCCAACGCUCUAGCCAGUCACAAACAAUGUGUACAACUAGUAAAACAGAUGGGGGACCGACUGCAAGAGGCUCGGGAGAUUGGGAACGUUGGUGCUGUGUAUCUAGCUAUGGGGGAGUUUGACUCGGCUGUCGAUUGUCAUACGCAGCACUUGAGGCUGGCUAGAAGACUUGGUGAUCAGGUCGAAGAAGCACGUGCAUACUCAAACUUAGGAUCCUCAUACCACUACAGACGAAACUUUUCACAAGCAAUCGCAUACCACGAGAACGUUCUGAGGAUUGCGCAGAAUCUCGGAGACAGAGCUAUUGAAGCCAGAGCGUACGCCGGCUUGGGACACGCUGCCAGGUGUGCCGGCGAUUACGCGCAGGCUAAGAAAUGGCAUGAGAGACAAUUGGACGUCGCUUUAGCGGCAAGGGACAAGGUUGGGGAAGGUCGCGCAUGUUCAAACCUGGGCAUCGUGUAUCAACUGUUGGGAGAACACGACGCUGCACUAAAAUUGCAUCAAGCACAUCUGUCCAUCGCCAGACAGUUACAGGAUAAAGCAGGUAUGGGAAGAGCCUACGGAAAUAUAGGCAAUGCAUACUCUGCCGCGGGGUUUUACGAGCAAGCCAUUAAGUACCACAAACAGGAGCUGACGAUAUCCAAAGAAGUUCAUGACAGGAGUUCUGAAGCUUCGACGCAUGGGAACUUAGCAGUAGCUUAUCAGGCUUUAGGAGCCCAUGAUAUGGCACUGUUUCAUUAUAGAGCUCAUUUAGGCAUAGCACGCGAGCUUAAAGACGCAGCCGGUGAAGCCUGUGCACUCCUCAACCUUGGUAACUGUCUCUCAUCACGAGGGGAGUUUGCACAAGCAGUGCCAUACUAUGAACAGCACCUCAUGUUAUCCCAAGAGUUGGGAGAUGUCACUGCAGAGGCAAAAGCUUGUCAUUUUCUGGGAUAUGCCCAUUACUGCCUUGGGAAUUACAGAGAGGCUGUAAGAUAUUACGACCAAGAUUUGUCCCUGGCCAAAGACUUGCAAGACAAGAUGAAUAUGGGACGAGCCUACUGCAAUCUAGGGCUAGCUCACUUAGCUCUGGGUAAUCUGGAGACAGCUCUGGAGUGCCAAAAGUAUUUCUUAGCGAUAGCACACAUGACCCAGCACUUGCAGGGGAAAUUCCGAGCGUUGGGCAAUAUUGGAGACGUGCUGAUAAAAAUGGGAGAUGUAGAGGAAGCGGUAAAGAUGUAUCAAAGACAGCUUGGAUUUGCGAGACAGGCUCGUGACCGAUCCUUAGAAGCAGCGGCUUGUGGUGCCCUCGGUCUAGCCAGACGACUUCAAAGAAGACUUGAUGCAGCAUUAGGACAUCAUACUCAAGAACUUACACUUCGUCAAGAAGCAGGAGAUGCGGCUGGAGAAGCGAGAGCUCAUUCUCACCUCGGAGCUGUUCAUAUGGCUUUAGGACAUUACUCGCAUGCAGCCAGAUGCUACAGGGAACAACUGGAAAGAGCACAAGAACUACAAGACUGCGCGUUAGAAGCCCAAGCGUACGGCAACUUGGGUAUUGCCAAACUAAAUAUGGGUCAUUACGAAGACGCCAUUGGUUAUUUAGAACAGCAACUAGCAAUCCUAGAACGCGUGAACACCCCAACGUGUCAGCUAGACAAGGCGCGAGCCCUGGGUUCACUCGGGGACUGUUACGACGCACUGGGAGAUCCUGAUGAAGCUGCCAAGUAUCAUGAACAGCAUUUGGCAGCUGCCCUCAAACUGGACAAUAAGAGAGAGCAGGAACGAGCGUACAGAGGAUUAGGACUUAGCCACAAGUCAGUGGGCAGCCUACAGCAAGCACUGGUCUGCCUAGAGAAGCGACUGGUAGUGUCACACGAACUGGGCGCCCCAGAAGCGAAGGCCCAAGCCUACGGGGAACUGGGAGCUCUGCACAUAGCGCUCAACAACCUGGAACAGGCUGUCCUGUGUCUGGAUCACCAGAAAAAUAUUGCUAAGGAGCUAAACAACCAGAUAAUGGAAGCAGAAGCAUGUCACGCGCUAGGCGUGGCGCAGCACGCGCUAGGCGAGCACGCGGCCGCUGUGAGACACCACCGCGCGGAACUCGAACUCGCGCACCGACUUGGACUGACGCAUCUUCAGGCCCGUGCUUGCGGUGGUUUGGGAGCCGCGCACGCGUCUAUGGGUGCACACGCUGAAGCAGCUCGGUGGCAUGAGUCACGAUUACGACAUGCUACUGCUGCAGGAGAUACCCGAGGUCGUGCACAAGCGCUAGCAGACUUGGGACGAGCUCACCUGGCGAUGGGUGCGUGUGGCAGUGCCGUGUCGUAUCUACGACAGGCUUUAGCGGCCACUGAAGGACUUGCUGAUGCUGAUGAGGAGGCUCGAGUUCGCCACCGCCUCGGCUUCGCACUCUGGGCAUCAGGAGAACUAGAAGAAGCAAAGGAACAGCUUCAAGCUGCCCUCACUCUGCUGGAAUCGGGUAGUGACAAACACAGAGACAGGAAGAUCGCUGCUCUGUACACCUCCACGCAACAUGCGCUGCAAAGAGUACUAGUUGAACUGGGUCGUCACCCCGAAGCUUUGGUAGUCGCCGAGAGAGGACGUUGCCGAUCUUUGGACGCGGUCACAGAAAAACUGUCCGGAACACUAAACCAAGCCAAUCUUGAACUUCAUGCACAACAGAGGAACGCAGAAGAAUCUGGCAAAGAACGGUCAGAACCAUGGAGUCCGUCUAGUGUGGAACAAAUUCUCGAAGUUGUGAACAAACAGAAGGCUCCCGUAUUGUACUACAGUCUUGCUGCUGGCAGGCUUUAUGCGUGGCUAUUGCAACCUCACAAAGGUAUUCUAAGAUUCCACCAAGUAUCUCUCCUGGAAGAAGCCGAAGAUAGUGACAACAGCUUGCCAGAUAUCAGUCCUGAUGAUCUUCAACCAAGCAAUGUAAGUGGUCUUGGCAAGUUGGAGCAUUGCAUCGGUGAAUGGUCCAAUUGGUUGAAAGCGAAUGCUGAGCGAAGAGUUGACGAAGAUCAGUGGGAUCCUGAUGACAGACCCAAUACCGGAUUGGCGCGAAUGGUGACCCGCAAUCAUCUGUUGAACUCAUCCAACUAUUCCUUAAGCUCUUUGUUCAGUGUGGGCUCAGUGGGAGGAUCUGUCGCUGGAUCCGUAGCCAGUCUACAGGGAUCAACCAGGUCUAGCGUCCACGUCCCACGUAAGAAGCAGCCAUCAUGGCAGGGUCCACCUUGCCUCAGCGCUCUGUAUCAGAUGCUACUAGCUCCCUUCGAAGAUCUGCUGCCCGCCUCUUGCAAUAACAACCAUGCGUCCCACGGUCGUCGCGGCUGCGGCGGUCGCAGAGAACUCAUCGUAGUCGUAGAAGGUGCACUCUACGCGUGUCCCUGGGGAGCGCUCCGUAGCGCUACGCCUUCCGGGCCCGCUACGCUCGUAGCAGGGGACGGGGAGCCGCUGUGUGAGCGCUACGCCUUGUUGGCGGCGCCCGCGCUACGCCCGCUACGGCAUCAUCGCCAUAUGAGGGCUAGGCCGCAUCAUGAUCAUGGAGCAUCAGCCAGUACCGCGAACAACACAGAAGCCGGCAUGCGCUGCCUCGUGGUGGGGGCGCCGCGGGUCGGCGGCUCGCGCUGGGCCGCCGCGCACGCGCAGCUCAAGGAGGCCGAGCUAGUCGCUGACAUGCUGAGGGUUACGCCGCUUACUGAUUAUCAGGCAUCAAAAGAAGCAGUACUAUCGCAGUUGACACAAGCCGAAUGCAUACACUUCGCCACACACAUCUGCUGGAAGACACCGGCUAUCGUUCUUAGUCCAGGAGAAGUGGUUGAUUCACAAGCAAAACGAUUACUGAAUACAAGUGUUGGUAGUGGAGCUGCUGAUACUUCCACGGAAAAUGAAGAAGAAAAUUCCGAGCUGCCGCCAAGUAAUGAAGAGUUGCCACCAGCGUCAGAGUUUAUGCUUACUGCAUCAGAAAUCAUGAAUCUGAAGAUCACUGCCCGAUUGGUGGUGAUAUCCUGUGCCCCAUCAAGUGCGGCUCUCCAAGGAUCAACAGCCGAGGAGAGUGAAGACGUGAGCCUGGCCGGAGAAGGUGUCUCCCGCCUGUGUCGUGCACUCCUAGCGGCUGGAGCCCAUGCCAUACUGCUGACGUUAUGGCCCGCGCCACAGGAUACUGCGACCAAGAUUCUGUAUAGAGCGCUGUAUUCGGCGUUGCUUCAAGGCAGUCGUGUUGCCAAGGCCCUUGGCGAUGCGAUGCAAACAGUGCGCCACACGAAGCACUUCGCGCACCCGGCACACUGGUCGGGCCUUGUGCUCGUGGGGGCUAAUGUUCGACUCAGCAAUAAGGUUGCGCUCAUGGGACAAGCGCUGUGUGAGCUACUCGCAGCUCCUGAUAAGUGCAGAGACGCACUCCGAGUGUGUUUGCACCUCGUUGAGAAGUCACUACAAAGAAUAGUGAGGGGACAGAAGAACGCCAUGUACACCACACAGAAGAGUAUCGAAAACAAGGCUGGCAGCAUUAGCGGCUGGAGAGAACUGCUUAUGAGCGUUGGAUUCAGGUUCGAACCAGCAGCAAAUGGUAUUCCGUCGAGUGUGUUCUUUCCUCAAAGUGAUCCUGAAGAGAGGCUGACCCAGUGUUCUGCCAGUUUGCAAGCACUUCUUGGCUUAACAUCAACUACCUUACAAGCAUUAUCGAAGUUAAUUUCGAACGGUGACGUUGCUGAUGACAUAAUUGGUGUGAUCCGCUCCGUCAUCUCGCAGUUCUCCGUCAAAAACUCUGAUACGGAUACCAUUGAAGUCGCUGUUAACGUCAGGUUGUGGCGAGUGAACGGCUGCCACGAACUUUUGGCAUCCCUCGGCUUCGACUUGGCUGAAGUAGGCCAAGAUGAAGUAACUCUACGCACCGGCAAAGCAGCCAACAGGAGACACAUACAAUUCGUGCUACAAGCACUUCUCGCGCUGUUCGACACACAAGAAGCCCCAAGAAGCCUCAGUUUGGAGUCGAGCUCGAGCGUUGAAUCUCUAGCGUCUAUUGAUGAUGGCGACCUAGAACCGCACUCCGAUGGAGAACCUCCUCCGAGACAACAUCGACAGGAAAGCGUAUCAUCAGUACCACCACCUCCAUUACCGCUAGGCUCCUGUGGAGGAGCAUUCACUAUGUAUGUAAGAGGAUCUACUGCCUCAACUGAAGUAGGUCGCGGCGAACCAGACGGCCGUACUGCCCCGCCCCCUGCCCCGCCCCCACCGAGGUAUAGAGGCGAGAGUGACGCUGCCUUCACUCCCUCCCCACCCGCCGCUCCCCCUGCACCUACCUCAGCGCCCCCAAGAGACGUGUCCCUAGCACUCGCACACCAAACCAAGAUACGAACCCUCUACACGAGAAGACCACCAAGUGACGACUCGGAUUGGGAAAGCUCUGGUCACGAUACAGUACUAAGAAGACGACCGGAACACUCCCACGCUAGAUAUCUCGAUGCCUUCUACGACCUCGCUUCAGCGCAACCGAGGAGGUCUGAAGAAGAAAAGACUGAGCAACAGUUAGCUCAACCUUCAACCUCGAAACGUGCCCCAAGACCGAAAAUGGGAACGAGUAGCCGCGACUCCAUGGCCCAAGUCAGACAUAUGAGUGGAGAACUGACUCCCACCAUUUCUGAAGUUUACCAUGAGAGGAAUAUUGGCUUAGGUCUAGCGCCGCCAUUAGCAGAGUUGCUGCUGGCUGAAGAAUCUAAGACCGAAAUGCGAGCAGCGAGUUCAAGCGAGAAUUUGCUUCUUCAAAACUUGGAGAAAUUAGGACUCUUAGGCGAUGCCAGUGAGAACGAAGAGCGUUGGUGUGGCACCAACUCUUCACGCCCAUGGCUGUCUGCACCGCCUCUAGAAACAGACGUGCAAGGCUCGGACUUGACCACGGCAGAAAUUAUAGAAAGACAGACGAAAUUCAAGAAAGACACUGAGCCAAAGAGAAAGGAAGAGAAUGCUUAUGAGCUCAAACCGAAGGAAGAGACUCCGGGACCAAGUGGUAUCGAAAAGCGGUCCGUGUCACCUUUCUCUGAGAUGUCAAGAAGAGAUGAAGGCGACGGGAGAAGUAUAGCGGACUCGCAUUCGUCGUACAAGGCGCUAGUGCUGAGUCCCCGCGCUCCCUACCUGCCCGAGGAGGGGGAGCCCUCUAUCCCCACCCCUUCAGAGGGGGGUAAGACGCACCCCCGCCCGCGCCGCCCGCCCGUCCCCCGCACCCGGCCCACGUACACCACGCUAGACUUUCCACCGAAUAAAUGAUUAAGACUUGUACAUUUAUACAAUUUAGGAUAUUUUUGAAUGUGUUAAUUUAUUUGUAUUGUGAGCUUGCAAGGCUAUGAUGUGACUAAAUAUAUUGCUUUAAUAUAACGUGAACUGUCCAUAUAAUUAUUUCUUUAUUUCACACAUAUCGCUAUUUAUAAAUAUUUAGUUAUUUAUUUCUUGUAAUUUUAAUAAUUGAAGUUAACUAUGAAAAUUGUAAAUCUCUUAGCUUAGUUAGAUAUCCUCCUAUAAGUUCUAUGACUCGACAACUACUUGCCAUUGCUUAAAUAUUUUAGAUGUAAGUAUUUUGUAAAAAGUGAACAUAAAAUAAAUAC